ACAACUCACAAUAAAUAAUUAAAUUAAAAAAAAAAAAAACAUAAUAGAGAAAUGGCUUUUCUCUCGGCGAUGAAAUUGCAGGGACGUCCACCACCGAUCUCGUCCAAUCUAAACCAAAACUCCGAACCUGCACGUUCGGAUUCAGUUUCCUUUAACGCCUCCGAACCUGGUUCCGAACGACAGCCUCGGAAAUUGAGCUCAAAACUGAGUCGCUGGAACAGAGCUCGAACCUUAAGGUCCGGCGCGAAGCUGGACCAUACGAUCAGUAAUGGUUCAAAGUCAAACAGUACGACCGGUCCGAGGCACCCGAUCGUUAAUUCGAGUACCUCUGAUAUUUCGACACUGGUCAGUGACGAGGCAUCAAGUAACGGAGAUAACGAGACAGAUAUGUCGGCGGCGAAGUCGAUUUACAUAGUCUCUGACGGAACUGGAUGGACGGCGGAACACGCCGUUAAUGCUGCCUUGGGUCAAUUCGAUUAUUGCUUGGUCGACCGUGGCUGUCCCGUAAAUACACAUCUCUUCUCAGGGAUCGAGGAUGGAGAGAAACUAAUGGAGAUCAUAAAGCAAGCAGCGAGAGAAGGAGCAAUGGUAAUCUACACUUUAGCUGAUACAUCAAUGGCAAAAUCAGCCAUGAGAGCUUGCAAGCUAUGGAAUAUACCUUCACUAGACAUCCUCGGACCAAUCACAGACUCAAUCUCCUCUCACUUAGGAGCUAAUCCUUCCGGUCUUUCACGUGGCGUCACAAACUCAUCUCUCAACGAAGACUACUUCAAACGAAUCGAAGCAAUCGAAUUCACAAUCAAACACGACGAUGGUGCUUUGCCUGAUAAUCUUGAAAAAGCAGACAUUGUUCUUGUAGGUGUCUCUAGGACAGGGAAGACACCACUCUCGACUUAUUUAGCUCAAAAGGGUUACAAAGUCUCUAACGUACCGAUCGUGAACGGUGUAGAUCUUCCCAAGACUCUGUUCGAAAUUGAUUCAAGAAAGGUUUUUGGUCUGAUGAUUAAUCCGGUCGUGUUGCAAGGGAUAAGAGAAGCUAGAGCCAAGAGUCUUGGUCUUGGCUCGAGUUUUAAGACUGAUUACUCUGAGUUAAGUUCUGUUAAGCAAGAGCUUGAGCUUGCUAAGAGAAUAUUCGCAGAGAAUCCGACUUGGCCAGUGAUUGAAGUGACAGAAAGAGCAAUUGAGGAAACUGCGGCAGUGAUUUUGAGGCUUUACGACGAAAGACAAACCAAUCGAACAAUGCCUCGCAUCUCUAAGUGCUACUAACUCAGUAACAAUUAUUGGAAGAGUAUUUUAGUUAAUGUGAAAGCAUUUGUGGAGAAAAUAUAGUUUGAUCUAUAUAUUUUAUGAGAAUAAAAGAAUUUAUUUUGUAAAGCCCAUUGGUACAUUUUUACAUGACCAUAAUAUAGGGGCUAAAGCUAAAAUCCAUACAUCUGCUAGCCCAAGUUGGAGU